UAACAUUCUGUAGUGCAUCUAGUUGUUGCCCAGCAGGCACACAACAUCAUAAGAUUAGGUUAGACUUAGGUUGUGAUGUCAGGUGACAAAAAUUCAAUGUCCAGCCAACGUCUAAGGACCAAGUUAUUUUUAUGUCCAAUAAUGAAGUCAAAUGACGCUGAUAUUUAGUCGUUUUUAGGUGGUUAGAAAGUGACCAAAAUCCAAAGUCAAGCCAACAUCUUAAACCAGCAUCAUAUUGACAUAAGAUACUGGCAUUUAUUAAUCAGGUAUAGCAACCAAAAUCCAACAUCUGAUUUACGUCAUAGGGGUAACAUCCACACAUCGCCAAGCUGUAACAUUAUUAGAUGUUGAUAUUUGGUUGAUUUUGGAUAUUUACGUCAGCCUGACUUUCAGAGUUUUGACGUCAACACGAUUUUAAUUUCCAAAUAAAUUGUAACAUCCCUAUGCAUUAAGAUAAAAGGUCAAUCUGACGCCAUGUUGACGUCUUGUGCCUGCUGGGUGUUUAAGGCCAUUUUGGUCAACAUACAGUAAACAUCCGUUAUCUUCCCAUCAGUGACAUGCCUCUAAACAGUCUCUGGGUCAAUGCGAUUAAAGACUUUGGACAUCUUCUUGGACACUUUUAAUGCUUGCAAACAGUUUGUUGCAAUUCUAAAUCGCCCAUGUCUUGGGGUAUUUCAUUAUGAUGCGAUUUACCUUCUAUGUGCGAUUUGGACAGGAAUCACAGGACUGUUUUUUUCCAAUCCCCAUAGACAAAAAAAAAAAAAAAAAAUUGUAGUGACUGCAAGUUGAGGGACAGUAGUGUAGUAAAAGUACCGAUACUGCACUAAAAAUGUACUCAAUGGAAUGUAAACGUUCACAAUUCCUGAGAAAACUACUCACAGUAAUUUGAGUAUUUGCAAUGUUACUUUACACCACUGCUUAUUUCUAAUCCAAAUAUCUAAAAAGAUAUUAAAUUAAGACACAUUAUUAGUAAAAAGAAGUUUGUUAUCAAAUGUAGGAUGACAAAAUGUAAUCUAAAAGGAUGAUUUUUUUCGUACCCCAUUGGCACAUUUUUAAAGGAAAAACAUACUUAAUUUUGACCUAUUAAAUCUGUAAACACUCUUUUUUUCUUGUAUAAAAAUGCUUCUCAAUAGGAUACUUUUUAGACGUUUGGACUAGACCGCUCCAUGUAAGAAAACAACUUUUUGUACUGCAUUUAAUUCUUUAAUCAGACAAAAAGGGUCUUAUUUUCAUUAAUCAAGGUGUGUCCCAAAGUGUUCUAAUAUGUAUUUGUGACGUUUGAACCGCAUUGUCUUUUCUCAGAAUGUUUAGUGCAUAAUUGGUUAUAUUAAAGGUGUGAACGCUCGUUAUGAACCGUCUCCACCUAGAACAACCUGGGUGGUUGUGCCUACGCCUUGUACAGGUAGUUGUGUCCCAACGGGUAUGACUCAUUUGUGUGCAUAGUUUAGUUUUUUUUCCUAUUUCUUUUGAUUUUCUCCAAUCAAUCAGGAAUUAGGGAGAGGUUUAUUAUUGUUAUGUCACCCAGCCUCCAUGAAGAACAAGCAGUGAUGCUGUACCGAGGCAUGUGUUUGUACCUUAAACCUGUUUUUCCGCUCUGGAAAUGUAUUACUUGCUGCAGCGAGAGUUUCAUGAACAGUAUGAAGAGGACAGAGGUAAACACGGACUCAUCCAGUGGAAACAUCCAGUCAUUAGCAUGACAUUUUAUUACUAGACAUUGAACAAGGACAUAAAAGCUCAUAGGAUACAAGAUGAUCAUGGGAUAAUCUGGUACCUCUGCGAUUGCGCAGCUUUAAAACAGAGGGUGUGGUUAAUAAGGUUUCAGUUCUGGAGGCUUUCGUGUAAAUAUAUAUACUGGUGAAAUGGCUCUUUACCAAAGAAGCCUCUCUGACAGCCUGCUGCUUGAAGAUAAUGUCUCUGGAGAGUACACAGACCUGCACUUUCUUGAAGGGGAAGAUAUUGUUGGUGCCAGUGAUCAGCUUGAGCUAAAAAGGAAUAAACAAAAGAAGAAUGAAGCUGUGGACAUUUUGAAGUUGAUUAAUAAUGACAAGGAGUUCUCAAAGCAUGGAUUAAAAUCCAGCAGAAGUUUGGAAAAUCUGGAUAUGAAAGCUCCAGUUGAGGUGUGGAAAGAUUCAUAUGACAGACUUUACAAUGCUAAAGUCAAGAGAUUUCUAAAAGGAAGUCAAGUUGCAAAGGAUAAAAGGCAUAGCAAACAUGGCAGUGGUCAAGAGACAACUGAAACACUUGACCGCAAAAGCAAGGUAAACAUUGCAACUUUGCUUCAGAAUGCAGAUCGGAUGUGUCUCGCACCAUCUGAAACAGAAUUUGAUGAGAAAACAAGGUCAUCCAUUAGCCAUUAUGAUCCCAGGGAUUCUACAGGUGACUUGAUGAGAGCAAAGCUCAAAACCAACACUGCAAGAGAUUUUUCAUCACUUCAAUCCAAAGUGAACCUGACCAAUGUUGAGCAUGAAAUAAACCUACGGGGUGGAACAUAUACAGACUUAGAAAAAGAUGUUGGUUUUAAUACACCAGAUCGUACUUUCUCUCAUGGUCAAGUAUCUCCUGUGAUGCACCUCACAAAAGGACAUUUUAAGACCCCCAAAGCAGUGCUUAAUUCCCCUGAUAUGAAUAUGGAUGUACCAUCAGAUAAUGUCGAGAAAUCAAAAUUUAAACUGCCAAAAUUUAGCUUCUCUGGAAACAACAAUCCAGACAUCAAAUAUGAUGCAAGUAUGAAGGGGUCACCAGCCGAAGUAGCUGCAGGACUAAAUGGCCCUAACAUAAAAAUUGAUGGCCCAAAGGUUGAUUACAAAAGUUUGAAAACAGACUUGGACAUGGAUAUGCCAUCUGGAAAACCAAAAGCUGCUCUCUCAGGGCCCAAGAUGAUGACAUCUGAAAUGGAUGUGUCAACUUCAAAGUUUAAUGCAGACUGUAAUUCACCUGACAUUAAAAUUAGAGGUCAAAAACCAGGCAUGGAUGUUGAUUUACCUAAAGGUAAUAUUAAAGCUUCAAAUUUAAACCCCCCCAAUCUUGACUUGAAUGCAUCUGAUCUUAUUGUAAAGGCUCCUUCAGGACCUAACCUUAAAAUAAAGUCUUCAGACCUGAAUUUCAAAAAUUCCAAUGUUAAUGAGGGAAUUAAUGACCCUGGUAUGGAUCUGACUCUACCUCAUGCUGAUCUGAAAAACCCAAAUGACUUUGGCCUCACAGGCCCCAAAAUACAAACACCUAAUUAUGACCUAAAGACCCCUGAAAUGGAUCUUUCAACUCCCAAGCUAAAGACCGGAUUAGAUUCAACAGAUAUCAACAUUAAAUGUCAGAAACCUGAUAUCACAGACACAAAUAUUGAUUUAUCCAAGGGUAAAAUCACAGUACCAAAUUUAAAAACACCCAGUCAUGACUUCAAUGCACAUGAUUUGGACAUCAAUGCCCCUUCAGGUAAAAUAAAAAUGCCCAAAUUAAAGAUCUUUGGUAACAAGCCAGAAGGAUCCAGUCUUAAAAUCAAGUCUUCAGAUCUGAAUCUCAAAACCCCCAAAAUUAAGGGUGGAAUUGAUACGCCAGAACUCAAUCUAACUCAGCCUCAAACUGAUUUAAAAGCCCCUAACAUGGAUAUCAAAUCACCUGAUGCCUCAAAACUAAAGAUGCCUAGGCCACAUAUGAAUGUUGAUGCGAACAUUGAACAGCAUGACCUUGAUCUGAGUGCAUUAACACCCAAACUUAAUGCAGGUAUAAAAAGCCCUCAUAUUGACAUUAAUGGACCGAUUGCUGAUAUCAAGGGUCCAAAAACAGAUCUUACACUACCGAACAUGGACAUGCCUUUAGAAAAAAAGAAAAUGCCCACUUUCAAAAUGCCUGAUUUUGGUCUUUCAGCACCCAAUAUAAGAACACUUGAUGCUGAUCUGAAGACCCCUCAAAUGAAUCUGUCUGCUCCAAAGUUUAAGGGAGACUUUAAUUCCCCAGAUCUCAGCAUUAGUGGUCAUAAGCCAGAUAUAACAGCACCAGACAUGAAUGUGGAUUUCUCAAAAGGUAAAAUUAAAGGAACAAAUCUCAAGAAUCCAAAUUUUGACAUGGAUACACCAGAUUUUAAGAUGAAUUCCCCUUCAAGUAAACUGAAGCUGCAAAAAUUUGGCAUCUCAGGUAGCAAGAAAAAAGGACCUGAUCUUAAAAUCAAAUCUCCAAACUUGAAUAUCAAAAGCCCCAAAAUGAAGGGAGGAAUUGACACCCCAGACAUGGAUCCGACUCUGCCUCAAGUGAAUUUAAAAGCUCCCAACCUAGAUCUCAAAUCUCCUGAUAUUGAUCUUAAGGACCCAUCAGGUAAAUUUAAAAUGCCCAGUUUAGGUCUUUCAGGUUUAAAAGAGCCACAUAUAAAUGUGGAUGCUGGCAUAGAUCAGCCGGACCUAAAUGUGAGUCCAUUAACUCCUAAGCUAAAUGCUGGGAUAAAUGGUCCAGAUAUUGAUAUUCAUGGACCGCAUGCUGAUUUCAAAGGUCUGAAAACAGAUCUUAAACUUCCUGACAUGGACAUGCCAUCUGGAAAAAAGAAAAUGCCCAAUUUCAAAAUGCCUAGUUUUGGUCUAACCGGGCCCAAAUUGAAAACACCCGAUUAUGAUUUGAAGCACCCUGACAUGGAUCUUUCCCCUCCAAAGUUUAAGGCAGACGUUGAUUCCCCAGACAUAAACCUUGGUCAUAACAUUGAUGUCACAGCUCCAAACUUGAAUGUUGACUUACCAAAAGGUAAAAUUAAAGGGCCAGAUUUGAAGACACCUGAUCUUGACAUGAAUGCACCUGACUUUGACAUAAAUGCCCCAUCAGGUAAAAUGAAGCUGCCAAAAUUUGGUCUUUCUGGCAAGCCAAAAGGCCCAGAUUUUAAAAUCAAUUCUCCAAAGCUCAAUCUCAAAAGCCCCAAAAUUAAGGGUGGAAUUGAUACCCCAGACAUGGAUAUGACUCUGCCUCAAGCUGAUUUCAAAAGCCCAAACCUAGAUCUCAAAUCUCCUGAUAUUGACCUUAAUGGCCCGUCAGGUAAAUUGAAUAUGGCAAAACCAAAGAUGCCAAGUUUAAAUUUGUCAGGUUUAAAAGGGCCACAUAUGAAUGCUGACGUUAAUCAUCCCGACCUUAAUCUGACUGCAUCAACACCCAAACUAAAUGCUGGGAUGAGUAGUCCAGAUAUUGACAUUCAUGGAGCUGGUCUCAAAGGUCCACAAACGGACCUUACUCUUCCAGACAUGGACAUGCCAUCUGGAAAAAUGAAGCUGCCCAAUUUAAAGUUUCCUAAAUUUGGUCUAUCAGGACCCAAAUUGAAAACACCCGAUUAUGAUUUGAAGACCCCUGACAUGGAUCUUUCCCCUCCAAAGUUUAAGGCAGACUUUGAUUCCCCAGACAUAAACCUUGGUCAUAACAUUGAUGUCACAGCUCCAAACUUGAAUGUUGACUUACCAAAAGGUAAAAUUAAAGGGCCAGAUUUGAAGACACCUGAUCUUGACAUGAAUGCACCUGACUUUGACAUAAAUGCCCCAUCAGGUAAAAUGAAGCUGCCAAAAUUUGGUCUUUCUGGCAAGCCAAAAGGCCCAGAUUUUAAAAUCAAUUCUCCAAAGCUCAAUCUCAAAAGCCCCAAAAUUAAGGGUGGAAUUGAUACCCCAGACAUGGAUAUGACUCUGCCUCAAGCUGAUUUCAAAAGCCCAAACCUAGAUCUCAAAUCUCCUGAUAUUGACCUUAAUGGCCCGUCAGGUAAAUUGAAUAUGGCAAAACCAAAGAUGCCAAGUUUAAAUAUGUCAGGUUUAAAAGGGUCACAUAUGAAUGCUGACGUUAAUCAUCCCGACCUUAAUCUGACUGCAUCAACACCCAAACUAAAUGCUGGGAUAAGUGGUCCAGAUAUUGACAUUCAUGGAGCUGGUCUCAAAGGUCCACAAACGGACCUUACUCUUCCAGACAUGGACAUGCCAUCUGGAAAAAUGAAGCUGCCCAAUUUAAAGUUUCCUAAAUUUGGUCUAUCAGGGCCCAAAUUGAAAACACCCGAUUAUGAUUUGAAGACCCCUGACAUGGAUCUUUCCCCUCCAAAGUUUAAGGCAGACUUUGAUUCCCCAGACAUAAACCUUGGUCAUAACAUUGAUGUCACAGCUCCAAACUUGAAUGUUGACUUACCAAAAGGUAAAAUUAAAGGGCCAGAUUUGAAGACACCUGAUCUUGACAUGAAUGCACCUGACUUUGACAUAAAUGCCCCAUCAGGUAAAAUGAAGCUGCCAAAAUUUGGUCUUUCUGGCAAGCCAAAAGGCCCAGACCUUAAAAUCAAUUCUCCAAAGCUCAAUCUCAAAAGCCCCAAAAUUAAGGGUGGAAUUGAUACCCCAGACAUGGAUGUGACUCUGCCUCAAACUGAUUUCAAAAGCCCAAACCUAGAUCUCAAAUCUCCUGAUAUUGACCUUAAUGGCCAAUCAGGUAAAUUUAAUAUGGCAAAACCAAAGAUGCCAAGUUUAAAUAUGUCAGGUUUAAAAGGGCCACAUAUGAAUGCUGAUGUUGAUCAUCCUGACCUUAAUCUGACUGCAUCAACACCCAAACUAAAUGCUGGGAUGAGUAGUCCAGAUAUUGACAUUCACGGACCUGGUCUCAAAGGUCCAAAAACAGACCUUACAGUUCCAGACAUGGACAUGCCAUCUGGAAAAAUGAAGCUGCCCAAUUUAAAGUUUCCUAAAUUCAGUCUAUCAGGGCCCAAACUGAAAACACCAGAUUACGAUUUGAAGACCCCUGAAAUGGAUCUUUCCACUCCAAAGUUUAAGGCAGACUUUGAUUCCCCAGACAUAAACCUUGGUCAUAACAUUGAUGUCACAGCUCCUAACAUGAAUGUUGACUUACCAAAAGGUAAAAUUAAAGGACCAGAUUUGAAGACACCUGAUCUUGACAUGAAUGCCCCUUCAGGUAAACUGAAGCUGCCAAAAUUUGGGUUUUUUGGCAAGCCAAAAGGCCCAGAUUUUAAAAUCAAUUCUCCAAAGCUGAACCUCAAAAGCCCCAAAAUUAAGGGUGGAAUUGAUACCCCAGACAUGGAUAUGACUCUGCGUCAAGCUGAUUUCAAAAGCCCAAACCUAGAUCUCAAAUCUCCUGAUAUUGACCUUAAUGGCCCAUCAGGUAAAUUGAAUAUGGCAAAACCAAAGAUGCCAAGUUUAAAUAUGUCAGGUUUAAAAGGGCCACAUAUGAAUGCUGAUGUUGAUCAUCCCGACCUUAAUCUGACUGCAUCAACACCCAAACUAAGUGCUGGGAUAAGUAGUCCAGAUAUUGACAUUCAUGGAGCUGGUCUCAAAGGUCCACAAACAGACUUUACUCUUCCAGACAUGGACAUGCCAUCUGGAAAAAUGAAGCUGCCCAAUUUAAAGUUUCCUAAAUUUGGUCUAUCAGGGCCCAAAUUGAAAACACCCGAUUAUGAUUUGAAGACCCCUGACAUGGAUCUUUCUCCUCCAAAGUUUAAGGCAGACUUUGAUUCACCAGACAUAAACCUUGGUCAUAACAUUGAUGUCACAGCUCCUAACAUGAAUGUUGACUUACCAAAAGGUAAAAUUAAAGGGCCAGAUUUGAAGACACCUGAUCUUGAUAUGAAUGCACCUGACUUUGACAUAAAUGCCCCAUCAGGUAAAAUGAAGCUGCCAAAAUUUGGGUUUUUUGGCAAGCCAAAAAGCCCAGAUCUUAAAAUCAAUUCUCCAAAGCUGAACCUUAAAAGCCCCAAAAUUAAGGGUGGAAUUGAUACCCCAGACAUGGAUCUGACUCUGCGUCAAGCUGAUUUUAAAAGCCAAAAUCUAGAUCUCAAAUCUCCUGAUAUUGACCUUAAUGGCCCGUCAGGUAAAUUGAAUAUGGCAAAACCAAAGAUGCCAAGUUUAAAUUUGUCAGGUUUAAAAGGGCCACAAAUGAAUGCUGAUGUUGAUCAUCCUGACCUUAAUCUGACUGCAUCAACACCCAAACUAAAUGCUGGGAUGAGUAGUCCAGAUAUUGACAUUCAUGGAGCUGGUCUCAAAGGUCCAAAAAUGGACUUUACAGUUCCAGACAUUGACAUGCCAUCUGGAAAAAUGAAGCUGCCCAAUUUAAAGUUUCCUAAAUUCGGUCUAUCAGGGCCCAAAUUGAAAACACCCGAUUAUGAUUUGAAGACCCCUGACAUGGAUCUUUCCCCUCCAAGGUUUAAGGCAGACUUUGAUUCACCAGACAUAAACCUAGGUCAUAACAUUGAUGUUACAUCUCCUAACUUGAAUGUUGACUUACCAAAAGGUAAAAUCAAAGGGCCAGAUUUGAAGACACCUGAUCUUGACAUGAAUGCACCUGACUUUGAUAUAAAUGCCUCAUCAGGUAAAAUGAAGCUGCCAAAAUUUGGUCUUUCUGGCAAGCCAAAAGGCCCAGAUUUUAAAAUCAAUUCUCCAAAGCUGAAUCUCAAAAGCCCCAAAAUUAAGGGUGGAAUUGAUACCCCAGACAUGGAUGUGACUCUGCCUCAAACUGAUUUCAAAAGCCCAAACCUAGAUCUCAAAUCUCCUGAUAUUGACCUUAAUGGCCCGUCAGGUAAAUUUAAUAUGGCAAAACCAAAGAUGCCAAGUUUAAAUAUGUCAGGUUUAAAAGGGCCACAUAUGAAUGCUGAUGUUGAUCAUCCCGACCUUAAUCUGACUGCAUCAACACCCAAACUAAAUGCUGGGAUGAGUAGUCCAGAUAUUGACAUUCACGGACCUGGUCUCAAAGGUCCAAAAACAGAUCUUACAGUUCCAGACAUGGACAUGCCAUCUGGAAAAAUGAAACUGCCCAAUUUAAAGUUUCCUAAACUCGGUCUAUCAGGGCCCAAACUGAAAACCCCAGAUUACGAUUUGAAGACCCCUGAAAUGGAUCUUUCAGCUCCAAAGUUUAAGGCAGACUUUGAUUCCCCAGAUCUAAACGUAGAUAAUAACCUUCAUGUCACGGCUCCUGACAUGAAUGUUGAUUUACCGAAAGGUCAAAUGAAAGCACUAGAUUUAAAGAAACCAAAUCUUGACAUGCGCAAAUCUUUUCCAAGACUGGAAAAAUUAAUAUGCCCACAUUAAAAAUGCCAAA